GAACCAGUGAAAUUUGAUCACUUAAUAGAUCACACUUUUUGUACACUUGUGAAGAUAACAGCAGUAGCUAGGAUACUCCACUAAUUUAUAAAACAUAGAGCAUACUAUACUAAAGUGGCAUUCUGGCAAAAGAAAAAGGUUUCAGCAUUUGUUUUUAUCCCUGGCUGCAAAUUGCCUUAAUUAUAUCAUCAACGUGCAAUGGAAACAAAAACAGCUACCGGUUCAAGAUGGUCCCUUUCGGGGAUGACAGCUCUAGUGACCGGAGGUACUCGCGGAAUUGGACAUGCAAUCGUCGAGGAAUUUGCUCAGCUUGGCGCGACGGUACACACCAUAGCUAGGAAUGAAGCAGCGCUGAAUCAUGUCUUGGAAGAAUGGAAAUCAAAGGGAUUCAAAGUCAGUGGUUCAGUCUGUGACGCAGCAUCAAGAGAGCAAAGAACCCAACUCAUGGAGAAGGUCAGUUCCAUUUUUCAUGGGAAGCUAGACAUCUUGAUUAACAAUGCCGCAAUUUUGAUGUGGAAGCCAUUUGAAGAACAUACUCCCGAAGAUUACUCGACCCUUUUGUCAACAAAUCUCGAAUCUUGUUACCAUUUUUCUCAACUCGCUUAUCCAAUGCUAAAAUCGUCUGAGAAUGGAAGCAUUGUCUUCAAUUCCUCGGUUUCGAGCUUAACGAGCAUUAAUGGUAUCUCUGUAUACGCGACAACAAAAGCGGCAAUCAAUCAGCUGACCCGGAAUUUGGCUUGUGAAUGGGCGAAAGAUAACAUCCGGGUCAAUUCGGUUGCCCCUUGGUUCAUCAGGACCGCCAUGGUCGAAGAUUAUAUCGAUAUCCAGGAGACCGCGAAGAACAUUGAAUUAAGAACUCCGAUGAAACGCGUCGGUCGACCGGAGGAGGUUUCGUCGUUGGUGGCAUUUCUUUGUAUGCCAGCAGCUUCUUAUAUCACCGGCCAGGUUGUUGCUGUUGAUGGAGGACUUUCAGUAAACGGGUUUUGAAUGAGAGAUUUAUGGCGGUCAAGUUUCCGAGCCAAGACGUAGAAUAUUUAUUUUCAAUUUGUUUUUGUAACUUUUUAUUUGAAUUAAUUAUGUAUCCGGCCAAUUUUGGUCCUUCCAUUUGCCGCAAUGAAUAAUUUUUUAGUUGUCUGAAUUAAUCGGUAUCUGGCUCGAAUCCGGAUGCAAUGAUUUUGGACACUGAAUUCGUAAUAUAUAAAUUUUUUUAAAAAAAAAAAAACAUUAUAUAUUUGCAGUAUUGACCGAUCAUUUUAAACGCCAAUACACAC